GAAGGCAGCGAUUGGAGGCGCAGGGGGUGACGUAAGCUCCCGCUGUGGGUGGGUUUCCGCUCGGGCGGCCGUCGGGAGGGGCUCGGGGAACACUUAGCGGGGCUCCCCGGUCCCUGAGCCCUGGCAACUGCGAUGAGGUCGGUUAGCUACGUACAGCGCGUGGCCCUGGAGUUCAGCGGAAGCCUCUUCCCACACGCCAUCUGCCUCGGAGACGUUGAUAACGACACGUUAAAUGAACUGGUGGUGGGAGACACCAGUGGAAAGCUGUCCGUGUAUAAGAACGAUGACAGCCGGCCGUGGCUCACCUGCUCCUGCCAGGGAAUGCUCACGUGCGUCGGGGUUGGAGACGUGUGUAAUAAAGGAAAGAACCUGGUGGUGGCCGUGAGUGCCGAGGGCUGGUUUCACUUGUGUGACCUUACGCCCACUAAGCCCCCGGAUGCUUCUGGGCACCACGAGACCCUCGGCGGGGAGGAGCAGCGCCCAGUCUUCAAGCAGCACAUCCCCGCCAACACCAAGGUCAUGCUGAUCAGCGACAUCGAUGGCGAUGGCUGUUGCGAGCUGGUGGUGGGUUACACAGACCGCGUAGUCCGGGCUUUCCGCUGGGAGGACCUGGGUGAUGGUACCGAGCAUCUGACAGGGCAGCUGGUGUCACUCAAGAAGUGGAUGCUGGAGGGUCAGGUGGACAGUCUCUCGGUGACUCCAGGGCCCAUGGGUCUUCCUGAGCUAAUGGUAUCUCAGCCAGGCUGUGCUUACGCGAUUCUGCUGUGUACCUGGAACACAGACCCUGGGCCGCCUCCCACCUCUGAGGGGCCCGAGGAGGGUACCAGGGAGACCCCCGCUGCCCGAGACGUUGUGCUGCACCAGACGUCCGGCCGCAUCCACAACAAGAACGUCUCCACUCACCUCAUCGGCAACAUCAAGCGAGGCCGCAGCCCCAAGAGCGGCGCCUCGGGCCUCUUUGCCCUCUGCACCCUGGAUGGGACGCUGAAGCUCACGGAGGAGGCGGACAAGCUGCUGUGGUCGGUGCAGGUGGACCACCAGCUCUUCGCCCUCGAGAAACUGGACGUCACGGGCAACGGGCACGAGGAGGUGGUCGCCUGUGCCUGGGAUGGACAGACGUACAUCAUUGAUCACAACCGCACCGUCGUGCGCUUCCAGGUGGACGAGAACGUCCGUGCCUUCUGUGCAGGCCUCUACGCCUGCAAAGGGGGCUGCAACAGCCCCUGCCUCGUGUACGUCACCUUCAAUCAGAAGAUCUACGUGUACUGGGAGGUGCAGCUGGAGCGGAUGGAGUCCACCAACCUGCUCAAAGUGCUAGAGGCUGAGCCGGAGUUCUGCGGCCUGCUGCGGGAGCUGGGGGUGGACCCCGACGACCUCCCCGCCGCCCGGGCCCUGCUUCACCAAACCCUCUACCGUCCCGAUGGGCCGCCACAGCGUGCCCCCCCAGGCCUCCGCGAUGCCUCCUAGCUGGACCACCGUCUUGGCUAAACGGGACCCUUCUGAACCUCCCCACCCCGCAAGCUGUCCACGGUGUUUGCAGGACAGGGAGCGCACAUUAUAGAGGAGGGAUGGCGGCAACCCUCGGGGGACUGGGAACUGUAGACCUCAUGGUCUUUCUGGUGAAGGAGGAGACGAGUUGCUCCUCUGCCCCUUUCCUCGUGUGCCUGGCCCAUCACACCGGUAGGCACUGCCCCCUCCCCAGAGCUCCCCACUCUUGUUGUGUGGGAAACAGACUUGUUUGUGAGGAGGGACUACAGAUCUCUCACUGCUCCCCAGGCAGACUUUGGGGCCAGUGGCGCGAUGGCAGUGAGGCCCCACCCCCAAGUUCCAUCUUUUGUGGCACGGCUCCAGGUCACUGACGUCACUGAUUGUUACACGAAUGGCGAACCACAGAUCUUUGACUUAUGAUGGGUUUCACUCUCAUAAAUCCAUCGUAAGUUGAAAAUAUUGUAAACUGAAAAUGCAUUUCCCACACCUCACCUACCGAACGUCACAGCUUAGCCUACCCUGUGAUAAACGUGCUCAGAACACUUACAUCAGCCUCUAGCUGGGCAAGGUCACCUAACGUGAAGCCUGCUUUAUAGUAAAGCGAGGGAUAUCUCACGUAAUAAACUGAACACUGCACUGGAAGUGAGAAGCAGGAUGGUUGUCAGUGUAUUGGUUGUUCACCCUCAUGAUUUUAAAGUCUGAUGCGGGUUUGCAGUCCAGGCAGGCCACGAUCAGAACGAUACCCUGGGCCACGUAUAUCCCUUCUUCUCUUGCUUCCUGUGCUCUGAAUCAAUGGUCUUCGAAUUGUAGGUUGCGAUCCUUUGUUGGGUUGUGGUCGGCAAUUUUUUUAAAUAAAUGAGAUAGAGUAGACUAAGUAGGACCAAAAAUAUGGGAGUAUGUUGCUCACGUGUAGGGAAGGAUUGUUUUGUUGUACUUGUGUGUGUCCGUGCACGUGUGUGUAGUGAGUGCAACGUAGAAUACACUUCCUGCUGAGUUGUGUUCAGAGGAGUUGGAAAGCCACUGCUGUCAGUUAUAGUGACCCCAGCCAGAGGGGUCAGCCCGAGGGAAUGUCCCCCUUCACAUUUCCUUCUGUAAGGGAACAAGGGCAGAGUGAUCAUUCAGUGUCUGAGAAGCAGAGAAGGACACUAGCUAGGACAAACAGGUGUUUAUUCAAAUGGGGAAACCACUGAGCUGAGGGCCUCCUUGGGCCUGGGUCUGCAAUUGCAGAAGCAAAGGAGGCGGAAGGGAGGGGGACAGGGAGAGGCCCGGGAGAGCAGGGGUCGAGGAGCAGGGCCAGAGGGGCCAGCGCACUCUCACACCUGUGCCAGUGAGCCCCUCUCCUCUCCUCUGGGUGCAGAGGACUCAGCUGAGAAAGGUUAUGGCCAGGGCUCACGGCAGAUCCUGGUUCUGCUCAGAUCUAAUCUACUCCAGGCUCAGGGUUUUGACUCCGAGCUGAGUGUCCUAGUCCCCUGGUCGGGUUAGUUACACCACUGUCUUCCUCUCCCCUAAUCCAACAUAUGAGAGACUCAAACCAGCCAGAGAGGCACCCGGGGGCCUGGCCCUUUGAGGUUUGGGCUCUUCACAGGGAAGGCAGCAAAGCCUCCUUGUGUCUUUGCUGGACUC